GAUGAAGGGAACUCAUGACCAAGACCAAAAGGGAAGUGUCAAGUCUUAUCGCAACAGGAGUGGAACAUUCUUGAGUGCUGAUAAAGGGAAGAAAAGGCGAAAUAUUUAAGAGAUACAGAGGAAGGGAGACCAAAGAGACAGACCAAAGAAGAGAUACAACACUUCAGAGACCCACAGGAGAAGAAGAAAAGAUAAAGCUAAGACAGGAAGUGUGAGAAUAACCCGAAGUCAUUGUCAUGUGAUAAAGGGGGGUUUAUGUCAAGGCAGAAAUUUGGCCUGUCGCUGGUACGCGGUAAAGCCACAAAUUUGGCCCGUCGCUGCUACCGGGUUAAGGAAGCAGCUCAAGGGCAAAAAAAAUAAUUGGGAAGAAAAACAAGGUGUUUUGACAGUCUGCAGCAAUGGAUGUGGAUAUUGAUGCAGUCUUUAAGGAGAUCGGAGAGUUUGGACCAUAUCAGAAACGCAUCUUCUUUCUACUUUGCUUGCCCGUGAUAUUUGUGGGGGCCGGCAACCUAGCUCAGGUCUUCAUCGCUGCCUCGCCAAAAUACAGGUGUCUGGUGCCUCAGUGUGAUACCAACAUAACUCACCCGUCCUACAAUGAGCCUUUCCUCAACUUCACCAUUCCAUACAACACAGAAGAUGGGUCUUGGGAUGAGUGCCACAGGUACCAGCAUCUUAAUGACCUCCAGUCCUGCUCACCUGAAGAUUUCAGUCAGAAUGCUACUGAGGAAUGCCCUGAGGGAAAGGCAUUUUCUCAAGAUAUUUAUAUUUCCACAAUUGUGACGGAAUUUAAUUUGACCUGCCAUGAUUCCUGGAAAGCAGAGAUGUCCCAGACCAUCUAUUUCAGUGGAGUCUUGGCUGGUGCUUUCCUCUUUGGGAUCGUAGCAGACCAAAUUGGUCGCAAAUCAACACUGGUGAUUGCUAUUAUUUGGAUGGCUGUUUCUGGUACUGUUACUGCUCUUGUGGCUGGAUUGGCAACCCUUAACUCAACACGUUUCUUCAAUGCCAUGAUGACCACUGGUGUUUUCCAGACGGCAUUUGUGUUGGGCUUGGAGUUGGUGGGUGCUUCCAUGAGGGUGCCGUGUGGAAUAAUUGGAGAAUACUUCUUUGCUUUGGGAGAGGUUCUUUUGAGCUUGCUAUCCUGGUGGCAGAGGGACUGGAGGAUGAUACAGCUCCUCAUCUCUGUGCCUGUGUCAUGCUUCGUCUUUUAUGCCUGGCUCAUUCCUGAAUCUCCACGUUGGCUUCAGGCACAAGGAAAGCAUCAGAAAGCCAUGGCUGUGCUGCAGAAGAUUGCUCGGAAAAACAACAAGGAAAUCGAACCUGCCUUGGAAAGACAGUGUACCACCGGUGAAGGGGUAAACAACAUUGUGAGGAGCAAAAUAACCUUCCUGGAUGUUCUGAGGAGUCCUGUGUUGUGUCUGAGGAUGUUCUCCAUGUUCUUCGUCUGGAUUGUGACAACACUUGUGUACUACGGCCUGAGUCUCAAUGCAACAAGUUUUGGCCAUGGUGAUGAAGAAAUCAGGCCAUUUGUUGACUUCAUUCUAUCAGCACUUGUAGAGAUUCCAGGCUACACACUGGCCUGGCUCGGCAUGAGUUUCUGGGGCCGGAAAGGUUCACUGAUGCUCUCCAUGAUCUUGGCAGGGCUGCUGUGUGUUGGAGCUGGAUUUUCUCAAGAGUACAGCAGCCAGUACUUGCUGGCUUUAACACUCCUGGGCAAGUGUUGUAUCACUUGCGCAUUUGGAAUAAUCUAUGUCUUCACCUCGGAGAUGUUCCCCACAAGUGUUCGCAGCACAGUUCUGGGCUUGUGCUCCACAUGUGCUCGCAUAGGAGCCAUGCUGGCGCCUUUCUCUGAUCAGCUGGUGUAUGUCUACAGUCCACUGCCCCUGCUGGUGUUUGGAGGGUUGGCUCUGGUGGCCGGUCUCCUGAACUUGGUGAUGCCUGAAACACUCAAAACUGAACUUCCUGACACUAUAGAAGAAGCACUCAGUUUAGGAAGAUGUGAAGCUCUACAGGUAGAAGUACAGACAGAGGAGCACGAGCAUCUUCUCAGUGAAGAAGAAGCCUAACGGGUCACAGAAAGGAAGGAAGGAAACAGAGAGCAGUGAAGUAGAUUUAACAUCCCCCAAAAUGUCUUCAGUCUUAGUGUUAUUAAGAUAUUAUAUAGCCAUAUUUUCUAUAAAGAGCAAAGUUGUAAUAAAAGACAUAUUAAUAAAAAAUAUAUAUAAAAU